AUGACCGGAGAUGUUCAAACAAUAUCUUUCCACACCAGCUCCCGCCAGCCAAUGGCUCAUAUCAAAAUAAAAGUCGAUGGGAAAGUCGAAUUGGAUCAAGAUGUUCCGGUUCGUCCAGACUUAUUUAAUGUGCAUAUUCAUAUGGAUAAAACAAUCUACAGAAAGUCGGAAAUUGUGAACGUAAGAAUCCUCCCACUCACUCAUGCUGGAACUAUUUAUCGCGGUGAUCUCAAUAUUUGUUUAGUUAAUGGAAAAGGAUUCGUAGAGUCUUCAACGAUGAGAACGUCCAAAGUCGAUGAAACUAGCUCUAUGAUAAUUGAGAGGUUGGAAAUCCCAUCUCACACGUUUUUCGGCGAUUGGAUGGUGAAGGUACAGCCAUUGGAGCUUGGAACAAAGCGGAUGGAUGAUAUAUUGAUUUUCGAGAAGAUUUUUCAAGUUCAGGAUUACGAUCUUCCCAACUAUAGGUUAUACGGAUUUAUAACGGAUAAUAGUCAGUUGGAUGACACCAAAGUUACAAUUGAAGCAAAGUGA